UUUUUGCUUUUAACAAAAUUGAGAAAAUGUUUCUUAAUUGCUUCUUGUUAAUUGUUUACAAUUAAUUUUUCUUUUUUUCUCUUUCUAAUUUUUGUUUGAUUUUCGUUUUGAUUUGCAAUUUUGUUUAUCUAUGUGAAUUCAGUUGAUCAUGAAUUCGGAUAACAGUAUAGGGAAGAUAAAAUCUUUCAAUCUUGUGAGUAAAAAGCCUUUAUCUAAAAAAGAAUUGGAAAAACAUAAAAAGGAACAAGAGGAAAAAGAUGCUGCUAAGGUUUACCAAGAAUUCGUUGAAACCUUUGAAAAACCACCGACGGUUGGACGUUUAUUUGUUCUUGGAUCUGUCAUGAAUUCUGGACAUGAAGAGGAAAAGGAUUCUCUUAAAGUUUACAAACCAAAUAAGCUACAAGAAUUGGAAGAAAAAAAGAAAAGAAAUGACAAUUAUCACUCCAGCGAGUCAACAUCUAUUACUCCACCCAAAAUGGAAAAAUUGGGGAAAAAGAAAGAGAAAAAGAAAAGUAAUUUAGAGCUUUUCAAAGAAGAAUUACGACAAAUUCAAGAAGAGAGAGAGAGACAUCGAUUAAAAACAUUAAUGGUCAAGGAAGAAAUAAAAGAAAUCGAAUUGGCCCCCAAAUCAGAGGAAGUUCGCACUUCCAGUUCCACUGUAUCAAAUUAUGGGUCAUUCGAUACUGGUGAUCCAAAUACAACAAAUAUCUACCUCGGAAAUAUCAAUCCGAAAAUGUCAGAGAAAGAGUUGAUGCAAAUAUUUGGUGUCUAUGGACCAUUGGCAAGUGUGAAGAUUAUGUGGCCUCGAUCGGACGAGGAACGAGCUCGAAAUCGUAAUUGUGGCUUCGUUGCCUUUAUGAGUAGAAAAGAUUACACCAAACUAAACACAGAAUAACAAUAGAUAAAGAGAAAUAUUUAAUUAGUGACAUUGUGAUGUGAUCGGUAAUUCAUGUAAUUGUGAAGAUUGUUGAUUAUGAAAGAAAUGUAUUUAUACUCAGGUAUAAAUUGGAAUUGGAACCAGAAAUUGAUCAUCAAGAUCAUUUGAAAGGAGGGACGCACUUGAUUCAUGUUUUGAAACAUCUCACUUACACACAUAUAAACUCUAAUCAGUUUAACCUUGAUUAAAAAAACAGAUUGGAUUAGAUUUUGUUUUAAUUCCAAUCAUUAAGAAAAUCACCAAGGACAUUUGUAUCUAUAUAAUUGGAACCAAUGAGAAAAAAGAAAGAAAAAAAUUAUAAGAUUGAUUAUAUGAUUUAGCUAAAAAGAGGAGAUCACUUGUUGUAAUAAAAUGAUCACUAAUGUUUAUAUGCACUUACCUGAAGCUAUUACGACAGUUACAAAAUCAUGACAAUCAGUAAUAAGUAACUAAAUUUACCUCACAAUUUAUGCUAAUUGUAAAUAUUAGUUAAGUGUAUUACUUGUUGGUGAUUCAUAGUCCAUAAACCGCCCAUCCUUUUACCCGCAAGCUCAAACUAAAGUGCUGGAUGCACUUGAGAGAUGAAGAAAGACAAUUAACAAGUAACUAAUUACUGGAAAUAAACAAAAAAAAAAGAAUAACAAAUUAAAUUGUAAAUUAAUUGAUCACAAGAGAGAUAAACAAUUUAUCCAAUUGAUUCCAAAA